CUGUAGCAGUGACUGACUGAACUGUUGGGAAAUAUAAAAACACAAAAAUAGCAAGACUGAAGAAAACAUCCUUAGUUUGUCAAAUGUUUAAUUAUAGGUUGUGAACUGCCACAUCAGGAACUAAAUCACUGCUGCAGACAUCAGGAUCAAGAAGCAUGGAGGAUUCUUGCCUGGUCAGAUGUGACAGCCUGGAUGCUGGGUCAGGGUGUGACACGGAGGUGAUGAUCCCCAUCGAACAUAUGACCCUUGACCCUGAGAACUCGGAUCCCACAGCCAAUCUCGAGCCUUCAGCAGCAGAACUGGCUCAGUGUGAGGCCGAAGUAGGCACGCUGCUCAGCAUCAUCGCUGACCUGAACAAGAAGAUGGGGUCAUUAAAGGCACCAAGUGAACCAGGGGACCUGAGAUCACCAGGACCAUCCAGGCCUCUGGUUCCAGACCUCCUGUCCCACAGGCUGGUCAGGAGAAGCCCAGAGAGGAGCAUCGCCUCCACUGCCACGUCUGACCCUCCACUGACUGACAGAGGGGGCGGUGGAGUAGUCUGGACUCAACUCCAGGAGGUUUUAUCAUCAGUGGAGGACUCUAUCAGCUGUAAAAGGUCUUGGGCCGCCCCCAUCACAGCCUCUGACCAGCACAAACACAGAGAGCACCUGAGAGCGGCCCAGGAGAGCUGGUUUAAAGCCACUCAGAUACUGGAGGAGAUGGAAACAGAGUUUGGGAUUUCGUGCCCACCAGGCCUCCCAAAGGAACAGUAUCAGGAGGACCUCCUGGAUCUGGAGAAGCGGGACUCUGCUCUCAGAGGCACCUUACAGGGUCACCAGGAGGAGCUGGAGAGAGCACAGAGCAACAUCACUCAUAUGGAGGAGAAGAACAAGCUGGUCGGUCUCCAUAAAGCCUGGAGGUCAGGCAGUCGCUCUCCUUCCUACCGACCCACUGCUGGGGCUCUCAGUCCAGACUGGGCGUCUCCUCCAUUCCCUGGUUCACCGUUACUCUACAGAAGAGCAGCCAGAGCGAUGACACCUCUGUCUGUGGGUGGGGAUGGUUCUCCAGUCGGCUCUGUUAACUCGUGCAGUCCCUGUCCGAGCCCCAUCAGCCUGGAGUCUGAGACAGAGCGACUGAACAGGUGCAUUGAGAGGCUGAGGGCCAGAAAUGAACGGCUGACUGCAGCUCUGGAGCGAAGGAAGGGAGAGUCAGAGCAGAUCAGUUUAACACUAAACAGACUUGAGGCUGACUGCUCUGCCCUGCAGAUGGCUCUCAGAUACUGUGAGGAGUGCGAGGAGGCCUACAGCGAGCUGCUGUCACUUUAUGACGCCAAGAAGCAGCAAGGCAUUCCUCUGCAGACGGACUCAGCAGAGGUCGGUGACAAGCAGCAGCCCGACAGGCCAUCAGCUCAGCUCUUGAAAAUGGGAACUGAGGAGCUGUCCACCUCCUUCUCAACAGCAGGGGUCACAGAGGAGACGGAAACACGGAGUCACACAGAGCAGAGAUCACUCACUACCCAUAAACCCUUCAGGACAUCUGAACAGCCAGAGCGAGAGGCUGUUCUCCGUCAGCAAAUCGAGCGCCUAAAGAAGGAGCGGGCAGCCCUUCGUCUACCUAAGCCAAGCCCAGGAACUGUGAGCGAAAUGAGCCCUGAAACUGGUCUCCCAGCUGGAUCAAGAGGGGGACAUGUGAUGAAAGAAAACACCAAACCUCCUGAUACCAAGAAAGAGAAAGCUUCUCUGUUCUAUGAGCUCAUCUCUGUCAGGGAGGAGAUGUCAGAUCUGCGAGCUUUAAUCCGCCUCAAGGAGAAAGAGCUGAGGUGUCUGGAGUGGGGUUUAAUGGCCCAGAAGGCCCAGGAAGCAGCUGGAGCGUUCGUUCCAGAAAGCCUCCGAGAGGAGAUGGAGGAUCGUAAGACCGAACAACAGAGGCUCAGUGAAAAUGCAGCUAAGUUAGGAGGUGAUGGGGACAUUGCUGAUCCUCGAUCCAGACCCAUUCUGAAAGAACUGCAGGCCGUCCUGCAAAGGGAACAAGCCCUGAAAAAGAGACUGGCUUUAGUCCAAGACUCACUGAACACAGCUCUGUCAGACAGCACCUCCCACAGGAGGGAUAACGGAGAGCAGAUCGCUCGGCUCACACAAGCUCACAGUAAAGCCUUGAGCUCAUACCGGCAGAUUCGCAGGAAAUACCGUGAGCAUGUGUGGCGGCUGGAGCAGAAAGUGGCGGCCAUGACGGAGAGUCACCACCACCAGAGUGGCGCUCAGAAAGCUGCAGGGGAGGCCUUGGAGUGGAGGAGGGAAGAGACCGUUCUGUGAUGUGAGUCUUCAGACAGAGGAUCAGCGUCAUAAAAGUCACAUUUAUCCACAUCAACUAUAACAGACAGUACUUCUGAAUUCAAGACACUCACAUGUUUUUUUUAUGAUUUGUCAACUUAUUGCUCCAUUUAGACAGAAGCAUCAUCACUGCAGAAUUACAUUUUUCAGCCAUGACAGCAGUCUUGUUAAAUGGAUGGCCCUGGUGAUUAAUCCUGCUGACCUUGUUGAUCCUCUGACUCUUCCUCUCACGCCACCAAAAGUUUGAAACUUGUGGCUUUGAGUGAAAUGGCCAACAACAAUUAGAUGGAUCACCAUGAAUUUUAGUUAACGCAUUAAUUUUCUGUUCAGAAUAAAUUGUAAGAACUAAUCCUUGAAAAGUCCUAUAUUAUAAAUAGUUCAAUUUUCAUGUCUUUGGAAACUUUCAAAACUCUGAAUCCAACAAGAAAUGCACAAAGUCCGAACUGUGAAACUGUGCCUUUAAAAUGAAGUUGUGAUGUCAUAACUUAACCAAAGAGGAAGACACUGCAGCUAUUGUGCUGUUAUGGUCAUUACACAGCUGCAGUGACGGUGCAGAAACACCAAAACACAGAUGUGGAAGACCCUCAAACAAUGACCUAUCAGAGCAGAUUUUCUGGAGGUGGGCUUGAGACAAAUACAGGUAUACUCAGGAAAUCAAUAUGAGGUAAAUAAUUGUGCUUUUUUCAACACUAAAGCAUGCAAACAUGUUUUAGGAGAAACCUCCAAAGUAAGUUUCACCCUGAAAAUGAGCAUAAUGUGGGACCUUUAAAUUUUCAUCAAACCCAGUAUCAGGUCAAAAAACUACAAUUGUCCAAUAUGUAAUAAAAAAAAAUAUAUUAAAAAGUUUAUAUUAACUGAGUGAACAAGAGAGAAAUCAGGGGAGAUAUGUGACAAUUAACACUAAAUUUUCUACCCUUGAAAAGAAAUAUGUACCUAUUCAUCUAUUUAUCUGUCAACCCAUCAAUGACAUCUAUAUCAGUCCGUUCAUUUAUUCACUGAAGAGGUAAAUAGAGUAUUUAGGGCAGUAGAACAUAGAGCGCACUGUCAGUUUUUCAGUCUUUUUUAACCCUUGUGGGAGUCACCAAUAAAACGAACAGGAAUCCAAAGCUUAACUUGUCUAACAGGACUCACACGUCACACGACACAUUCCUUAUUUCAGAGAAGCAGCUGUCAUGCAGUCAUGAAAGUGCGAGGCUGAUUCAAGGACUGAACACUGUGAGGACCUCGGGACUGACCUCGAGAGCUCACAUGUCCUUUUUCCCGUACAAGCUGACUGUAUAAAGCCAGUCCCCUCCAGCCGCACUGCCGUCACAAAGCUCAGAGAGGGGGGAUGGGGGCCAGGACAAUGGCUGAUGUGCUCACAAAAUGUACGUCAUAGAUCUCUACAUCUUGCUCCCUUCUGCUAUUUCCACCUCUUUUAAUGGUCAGUGCAGCCAAAUCACACCAAAAACAUGUUUCCAUGUUUCCUUUAUUUCUAGCAGCCAUGCAAAUAAUUCUAUACAGCUUGUUAGUAAAUUACUUGCUAAACAAAUAAAACUUUAUAUUUGGGACUUGUUUAAAAUGAUUUACAACUUCAGUAGGAAUGAAUGGGCUUCCAGCUAAGAGCUACAGACCGGUUAGAGAAGUUAGACGGUGUAAAGAUGACAAUUUACAAUCCAACAAGAUGUUGGAGGCUCUGCAGCAACCUGGAGGGAAACCUUACUUGUGUGUCUUGAUAGUAUAAAAAACAUAGCCUAAUGGGAUUUCCCAUUCUUAACGGCCAAAAAGAUAACUUACAAAAAAAUUUUCUUGGUGCCAACAAAAAUGGUAGGCUAUAAGAUGAAAUUAGUGUAAAACUCAUCCUCUCGGAAAGAGCAAUGGCUUAAAGUUAGAUUUUUUUAAAAGGAAAAAGAGCACUCCACUGAUAAAUCAUUGCACUCCUGCAACAUUUCUGAUUUUCACAAUAGACGGGACCAAAACCAAUGCAGCAGAACCAGAGAUAUCGACUUUUUCAUUCCACACAUUCUCCUUCAUUGUUAAUACCUGGUGCCUACAUUACCCACAAUGCAACUUAACCAUCAACAGUUAGAUCAGAGACUCAGAGGUGUGUCCUGCUAGUAGUGGCUAAUGUAGCCUCAAGCAGAGGCAGAAAUACUGUACAUGAAACUGUACUGAUUCUUAUUUAAAAUGCUGUAUUAAAAAUUAACAAUACUGUUGAAUAGGCUCAUGUUAUACAUUGUAACUAUCAAAGAGAAUAUAUGUAUAUAUGUCUAACUUUUUGUCAUAUAUUAUGUUGUAUUUGUCUUUCUGUUG